UGUGUGUACUUGCUUCUUUUCUCGUGAGUGAAUUGCGCCGCCAUAUUAAAGUGAGACAAAAAGAAUCUUUCUGUUGUGUUCACCGUACGAAACGGACGAAAAUUAUAACGGGGACGCAUCGUGUUUUUUGUGUGGAUUUGUUUUGAGGCGACGCCACAAAAUCCCAAAUCCCUGCAAUUCCUACCAGUGUCCCGAGUGGCAUCAAGCCGCCGGAAGGUUUAAUUGAGUGCUCAGAAAUUAUGCUUAAGCUAUCUACAUCGCUCGGCCGGGUGUAGAAAUUUUUCCAGCACUAAGUGUGCAUUAAAAGUCAUGUUUACUACAAACAACAUCCAAGCGGCAACGGGCACUCCGAUAGGUAUACAGUAUCAAACGACCACCGCCGACAUCAACAAAGGCAACAAGCUGGAGGGCCAAAAGACGAAUCAACAGGCGCCGGAAUUUUCGACGUUCUACGCCAAUGUGAAUAUGAUACAAAAGCUAACGCCAACGUCGCAGGCAUUGAGCACGGUGAAUCUAGCACAGCUUUCUGAUGAGACAAAGACGGUACAAUACUUACAACCGUUCAGUUAUGCAAACUGUGCGCUGGUUAACCAGAUGCCGAUUCCGAAUGGCGUUACCGGGAUUACUGUGGAUGGCAGACAGCUCGUUGUCAACAAACCUAUCACGAACACCAUCUCCAACAUCAGCUUCAAAUGUGAUGUGUGCGGUUUGAUGUUUAAUCACCUCACGUUGCUGAACCACCAUAAGCGCACCCAUAACCAGGAUGGCGAAACGACAUCGGAUGCCAUUACGGUAGUAACGCAAGCUCAGAAUUUAGUGCAGGCACAAAAUCUCAUCUCCGAAACGGGUCAAAACCUUGGUCAGAUUCAGAUUGUCGCUACGGAGGCACUUGAUCCGGCACCACAGCAACAGCUGCAACAUGCCCAGGACGCUCAACAACAGCAAGCCCAGGCACAGGCUCAAGCACAAGCGCAACAGCAAGUGCAACAGCAACAGCAAGCCCAACAGCAAGCUCAACAGCAGCAGCAACAGCAACAGCAAGCGCAGCAACAGCAACAGGUUGCAACACAUACGACCAAGGCCGAUAAAUCGCAGAAGUGUAUCUCCUGCAACGGGCCCAUCCAUAGCAACCCGAAGCGAAAGGGGCCGAAGCUAAUCCGCUGCGAAACCUGCAUAAACAAUGAUGGUGCACAACCUGUGGCCAGAACGACACAAAUCUUCGUUGCACCGGACGGUGACAUAAAGUUCGAAAUCGGUGAAAUACCGAACGCAUCCAACAGUAACUCGUCGAUGGAUUCACUGAUGCCAGGACAGAUAAACACGAUCAAGGCAGAACAUUCACUCAUAACACAACAGAAUGCCCACCCAGUGAAAAAACGUAACGCCGCAACUGUAACAAAAUGUAACAAAUGUAACGGUUCUGGUGUAAUCAUUGUUGGUGCUGCCCAGAAGAAGCUAAUGCACUCAUCACAAAUCCACCAACAACCUGAAAAGCCGUUCACCUGUAACACGUGUGGAGGACGCUUCUCGCGAUAUUCCAGUUUGUGGUCGCACAAAAAGUUGCACACGGGUGAGAAAAAUUACAAGUGUAACGUGUGUGGAAUAGCAUUCGCAAAGGCGGUUUAUUUGAAGAAUCAUAUGCGCAUCCACACCGGUGAAAAACCGUACAAAUGUGGAACCUGCGGAAUGCAGUUCUCACAGUCACCACACUUGAAGAACCACGAGCGAACACACAGCGGAGAAAAACCAUACGUUUGUGAGGUGUGUGACAAAGGUUUUGCUCGUCAUGCAACACUUUGGAACCAUCGCCGUAUACACACCGGAGAAAAACCGUACAAAUGUAAUCGCUGUCAGUCUGCAUUCAGCCAGGCCGCCCAUUUAAAGAAUCAUGAAAAGGUGCACUCCGGUUUGAAACCUUUCAAGUGUGAUAUCUGUUCGGCCUCUUUUGCGGAUCGUUUCGCACUAAAGCGGCAUCGCGGUAUUCAUGAAAAAUACGGUCAAACCACUCCAUUGCAUCAAAACCAGCAGCAACAACAGGCUACUCAGCAAGUAGUCACCCAACAGGUUGUCCACAAGGAGGAAGUAAUCGAGAUGGAGGAAAAACAGCGGGACGUUAUCAUUGGAAUGUAGAAACGUUUUCCCAAACGGUAAGCGCUUCUUUGCAAUCGAAUGCAAAAUCAUUUUAGAGAACGUAAUCGGUUAGAAGAGAACGCUUAAAAACACGCACACGCACAAUGCGGAAGAAAUCGUUUACGGCAGAAAGCAUGGGCGACCCAUGGAAUUAUGGUAUAUUCAAUACUUUAUGUAAGAUUUGUAAGGUCAUAAUGUAGUGGCAUUAGGGCAGUUGUUAGCUGCACAUUGUUAAGAAUUUCUUUACUCUUUCUAUGUUUCCCUGAUUCGUUGAUAAAGUUAUUUCUUUUUGACGAUAUUAUGCGCUGAAUUGGUCAUCAUCCAUGGUGAUCCAUGAAAAAAAAUUCCGGUAGCAGCGGUGCUUCUUUGUCCAUCAUUAAAUAGGUCAUGAGGCGCGUUGGUGAGAGAAAGAAAAGGUCUUGAACGAAACUUAUAUCGAAAAGUAUGAGGACAAGCAACUCACAGAUACUUACAGAGCAAUAUCUUACAGAUACCCCAGUUUCAAAUAUUUUGGACCGGAAAAUAUUUUAUUGAGAUAAUGCCAAUACCAUUCGGUUGAAAAAAUUGUACAAUGAUUUACAACACAAAAUUUAAAAAACACCUCUGCCCCACUAGAACGAACUGGUUCAGUUAGAGCUAAUACCUUUAAAUAGCUUUUAUUACUGACAUUUUAGGUUUUAUACUUUUGCUUAAAAGAAAUUGUAACAAAAGUGAACAUUUCGAAUAGAAAUGUAAACAUGCGAUUAAGAAAAUUGUGGUGAAACGGUAGGUAUUAUUAAAUUAAUGACAAAUAAGAAAUAGGUGCAUUUCAUCAGCAUAUGCAAAUAUGAUUAAUGUAAUUUCAUAUUUCAAUUCAUGUUUUGUUUGUUGUUGGCCGACUCGCAUUCGGUAUAAUGAUUUUAUUAUCAAUCAGCAAGGCUCUGCUACCAAGUAUUUAGGGCAAACAGAUCAUGUCGACAACGUUGAUGGAACAUAAUAAUAGGAGAAGUAAAAGACACAAGAUUAGCAUGUAAAGAAAUUGUGGCGAUUCUAAUAUUCUAUAACAACUUAUAAAAUCCUCAUUAUAUGGCGUUACAAACAUUUCUAACUGAUGACAUACGUAACAACAUAUAGCAGCACACUGAAACCGACUAAUCUCAUCACGUAUAUACACCCUGCCAAUUUUUCAUCAUUGAGUUAAACAACACGUAUUCACUUUACACCACAGGAUGCCCCAAUCAAUGGUAAAUAUUUCAAAAUGCGAACAGAAACUAUCACCUCGUUAGAGGUAAACGAAAUGGUUUAAAUAGUAGAAACAAAACAAAAGUUAGUAGCAAAUAAGCGAUAGUGUCACCUUGCAUCCUUUUCAAUUGUCAUCCAUUAGAAUAAUCGGCAGAUUGCGAUACCGAGCUUUUCAUUACCGAUAUAUGUAAAUAGACUACUAGAAAUAAAUAAAAAAAAAUAAUAAAAAAAACAUGUAAAUAGACUUUUAAAUGUUACAACCUCAAUCAUCAUAUACACAAAAAGGUGACGCAAAUAUUAUACUUCCAUAUUGCCAAGUUGUAAAAUAAAACAUAGAAGUUCCCAUAUUUAUAAUCAAGCAGUAAAACAAAAUUUCUGUAAAGAGAAAUAAAUUUAAGUUUCAAUAAAGUUAAUUCACAUCAGCUUCACACGCGCGAGAAGGUAAAUA